GCAGUAAACUUCCGGUUUCUAAAUAAUUGGUUUCAGUUUCCUGUAUCAGUGUUUUCCAUCUACUUAGACUAAGACUAUUUAUUUCUAUUUCAAUGGUAAAAUAACAGGAGGAAAAUACUUAUUAGCCCCUAACUUAGACUAAAUGAUAUAAUACUGAAAAAUGGACUGUAUUAUUUACAGUAAAGAUAUCAGAGCAAGCAGGAUUUUGAUAUUAAUUUGGCUACUGGCUUGGGAUCAAUUGAAUUGAUUAAUCAUUAAGAUAAUUAAGAAUUUUCAAUUGAGAAGAAGAAAUUGAUUUAUUGUAAUAAUGACAUAUUUUAGCCCUAAAUAAAGUAAAUAUUAGCCUACUUACAUCAUUGAAAAUUUUAUAUGAAAUAAUAAAAAUGACAACACUUACCAUGGUCAACACUAGUCAUAAUUAUUGUGAUUAAUCUUUGAUUUUGAGAUUUUGCUUUGACUUUGUGACUUUGAAUACUUUGAUUUUGAUGAUUGACUUGUAAAAUUGUAUUAAUAAUAAUGUGUCACUACUAUUACUAAAAUUACUGAUAAAAAAGUAUCUGUAAAAGUGCAGUUCAGGUGCGUAUAUUAUUUCUCAACGCAUUUUGUAUUUUAAAUUUUGUUUUAUCAUGUAAACCUACGUGUAUUCUUUAACUCUUUCCAUGCCAAUCGACAGUAUACUAUCGAUUUGACUGGUCGCGUUCGUGCCAACGCACAGUAUACUGUCGAUAUCAUUUAUGUAGUUUAUUUCGUUUCUGGUGGCUCUUAAUCCGACUUUUUUUGUUCUUAAACGAAGGAUAACUCUUACUACUUCUUUUUUUUAAGAAGUAGGGCAUGUUAGCAUGUGUUUUUUCUAAUAAUAGUUCAAUUUGUGUUGAAAAUUUUUUAAACAAAGCCAUGGCCACGCCCACUCCAAGCAUGUCAGCUGUUGCUAGACCAUGUAGAUAGUCAAUUUUGCAAACAAAAGAACUUUUAUUGCUAAUUAUUGAUGCUGAAACAACAGAAAAUAACUAUGAAUCAUUUGAAUCUGAUUCCAAUGAUGAUUUUCAGCAUUCUGAUGGGUCGGUAAAUGCCAAAUGGAAAUAGUAAUAGAAUGGUGAAAGUACUGAUAGUAAUAGUGGUGACUGUCGCAAUUUCAUAAAAAUUUCAAAACAUUUUUUAAAAUAUAAAAAUACCACGAAUGUAUAGAGCCAUAGAAUGGAUUAAAAAAAUACCCAGAUCAACUUUCUAGCUCAAGUAGUUAAAAAGUUAUGAAUUUUUUUCAAAACCACUUUGUUGCUAUGGCAACAGUGAGGAUUCAUAUAAGAAUACUCCUAAUGUUACAAAAAUGGGUAUAACUCUGUAACAAAAUGGAAUAUUUUCAAAAUGUAAAAUGCAUUAUGAUAAAAAAUGGAUAUACUUGUUGGGGAUUGAAGCAGAAUAGGAUAGCAGCUACACAGACCGUAUGGUAGUCUAAUAAGUUCAGAUUUGGUGUGCAAUUUUAAAAAUAUAAUUUUACAAUUUUACCUUACCUAAAAAAAUUUAACUUAUUGCUGUUAUAUUGUUUAAAUUUUACGUAUUAUUAUUUUCUGUCUAAUUUCCUUUAAUUUGAUAUGAAAUACAGCUAUCUUGCUAAAAGAAAUGUAUUCAAAAUUAAUGAAUAGAUAGGAGCACCCUAAAAAAUUUCCAUUGGCCGAAUACUGGUCUGGCACGAACAUGGAAAACUCCCUGGCAUGGAAAGAGUUGAUAAUUAAAUACAGGCAGUUAUAGUUAACUAAUUCUGAAUUAUAAGUCGCAUCUUUUCUUUUUUUACUUCUAAAGAGUCUUUAACCAUCCCCCAACCAAAGUGACAUAGCCCCAUUUGUUUGUAUUUUUCUUUUCACCCUAUGCCAGAUUUUUAGCCACCUAUAAGUUAGUAUGCUAAACAAAAUUUUCAAACUGUAAGCAUGUUCACAAAAAAGAAUGAAAUACUAGAUUUUUCAUUACGCACGAGCCCCUCCCCCACCACCCCCCCCCCUCUUUUUUUUCCUCUCAGCGCGCUCGGAAUAUAGGGGUUGUCCUUUGAAGUCGGGUCUGGGGGGGGGGAGAUUAGAAGUGGAUCACUGACUAAGGCAGUGGACACACACGUCAUCAUUGUCCUAGGCCUGGAGGGAAGCUGAAAAAAGAAGGGGGGGGGUGCAGGAAUACGUGCCAAUGUGUGAUCACGUGUCCACUUUAAAAAAAAUAUAUUUGUGACGUUGCACAAAUGGGGGAAAUCGGAAUGAUAGCGUGGGGUCAUUUUGAUAGUCAUCUCAUCCUGAAGGCUGCAAAUACGCUUUCCGUGAUUGGUCAGCUCUAAUUUGAGUACCCCUCCUCUUUUUUCGUAUGCAAAUGCGCUUAUUAAUGGUGACUGAUUUGCGCUGAGUAAAGUGAUGGUGAGGGCUAGUGAUUAGUAAUAAGACGGACUCGUUUUGCGGUAUUGCUGGUAAUGGGAUCAUUUUGUUAAAAAUGGCAGGACUACCAAGAAUGUUUAUCCAAUGGAAAUUUUUAGCAUUUGGUUUAUACGCGCACUUUGUGAGACAACAAAUAACGUUAAUACAACUAUGGAAUUUCUCGUAAGGCGCUCGUAACCAUUGCUAUGUGGCUUGUAAACUGGCUACAUAUGUCAAGUAUGUGAGUUCCUUAUAAUUAUCGGGAUCUGGAUCUCACCGGAAACAGGAACUCACCGUAACCGGUAUCCCACCGGGAUCGGGAACCUACUGGAUCGGGAUCCCACAGGCAUCAGGAUCUCACUGGGAUCAAGAUCCUAUCGGGAUCGGAAUCUCACCGGGAUCGGGAUCUCACCGGAAAUGGGAUACCACCGGAAACGGGAUACCACCGGGAUCGGUAUCUUACCGGGAUCGGAAUCCCACCAUGACCAGGAUUCUACCGGAAUCUGGAUCCCAUCGGGAUCCCAUCAUGAUCCUUCUGGGUGCCAUCAGAAAACGGGAAAAACUAAAUGUUUACAUAAGUUAUUUGUUAUUUAAUUUUAAGUGGUUUUAUAGGAGACAAAUUAAUUAAUUUUUUUUUUAUACUUAUAGUGGUGUUGUUUUGUUGUUGAUAUUUCGCUUAACAGCAAUGUGAAUUAAAAGGACGUAGCAGAUGUUCGUUUUUUCUGAAUGCAAUCCCGAGCAAAUCAGGUUUUAUUUGAAAGUAAAGUAUAAAAUAAAUACAUUUAUUUUAACCAAGAUUCAUCCAAAUAGGCAACUUUUAUAACGUAUCUUUAAAGACAGAAGAGUUAUCCAUGAUUUACCACAAUGGCUCCGUAAAAGACGAAAGAUUGAAGAAAAUGUACUUUUUUUAUCUCGUAAAAUUUGUUAAAUUGUUGUUGUAUUCCUAUAAAAAGAUGAUAUUUUACUUUUAAAAUACUUUUUAUAAACAAUACACGUAAGUUUCCAUGAUAAAAUACGAAGUGCGCUAAGAAAUAAUAUACACACCUGAACUGCACUUUUACCAAAGUAUCACAGUAAUGAAUGACUGAAAAUAAAAGUUAGUUCUAAGAAUAGGUUCAAGUAGACCUAGAUAUUAUUUCAUGGCCCUUAUAAAGACAAAAGAAGAGUUAGGCUUAGGACUAGUCACUACCUAGGCCUAGACCUAUACUUAUAACUUAUGCACUAAGCACACCAUCAUUUAGUGGGUGAGCAAGCAGAGUUACUUAGUUCUAUAACCUUUUAUGUUAAUAAUAGUAACACAUCUACUAAUUUUUCAAUAAAUAAAAGUAACUACAUAGGUCUAGGCACUUCAUAGACUUUAUUAAUUUUCUAACUAACCGAAGUAAUAUUGAACUAAUACUUAUCAAUUUAUGCUUCAGAUUUUGUCUGACUGGAGACCUAGAGAACUAUGUCAAACAGUCAAAUGUCUAAUGGUCCAGACUCAAGGUUCAGAAAUAGAAUGCAGGUAAUUAAAUAGCAGCUUGAAUUUCUUAAUUCAUUUAUUGCUAGGCUACAUGCUUAAAUAAAAGAUAUACUAAGUCAGGGGUCAAGAUGUCAAGAACUGGGGUAAAUUACACCAAAUGGGGUAAAUAUGAAAAUUUGGGGGUAAAGAGGGCUCCAUUGACAUAAAUAUAUUUAAAGAGCAUUCCUUUUCACAAGCAUUCCUUUUCAUGUAAUAAUUUUUUUUCGGCAACAUUGCAUCUGACCAGUGUGAUAUAGAAUGCAUCCAACGAGUGGCUCGACAGCUAAAAUAAGCUCAUGUCUUGUCUUGAAGAUGUCCUUUUAGCUUAGUCCCCAAAUUUAUCUUAAGCUCAGUGGUGUCACUGUCACCCAGUGCGAUUAACUCAUGGUGAAAUUCUUAGAGACACUACUGCUUGUACUCAAAACGUCAAUAUUUGCAAAAGCUUUCAAAUUUGCUUAUAAGGGAGGUAGUAAAAGAGUUGCUGCCUUUGACAACCUACCUUUGCAAACAAGGAUAUUUUUCACUCUAAUGAACAUACAAAAAAUAAUAGUAAUCAGUUAAUUAAACCCUAAGAAAGUAUCAGAUUUUCUCUGAUUAAUAAAAAGCCCCAAAUUUCACACUGAUGUUUGCGAUGCUCCCUUGCUCGGAAGUGCAGCAAUGAUGCUAGACAUGUAUAGAAACACUACCCAUGUUCAUUAAUCUAAUUAUAGUUUAACUAAAACUUGACAGGAUUUGUAAAAAAGAUUUACUAAUGUACAGUAUUUCAAUUAUACUUACUGAAUUAAGUGUAAUUUUUUUUAUUUAUUUCAGUUUCAUUCAGAAUCUGUUAACUUUCAUUCAUAAAGCCAAAAACAGCUUAAAAAAGCCCCACAUAAUUUAAGUUAAUAAGCUGGUCAUGUUUUCUUAUCGACACAGGAUCCCACACUAAGCUGGACUGAUGAUCUACCUGUUUGUCAUUUUUCUGGUGUUGGGCUUUCAACAAAUCAGAUUUAUCGUGAGGAUGGUAACAGGCGUGAGGCGCAUGAAAAUGAGGACAGAAAUUUUCAUUUUAGGUAUUUUGGUUUUUCUUAAUGGGAUUAAAAAAAGUUUCAUUUGGCUGUACCAUCAACAGCAUCACAUCCUAUUUGUAGUAAUGCAAUGUUGUUGUCAUAAGUGGAGAGAUGUUGAUAAUUAUGAAGGAUGUUGUGAAAUGUUUUUUGAUAGAUGUGUUCCUGAGAUUGUGUUGGGUGAAAGAAACGCAUUUCGGGCCAUGGGAAAUGCCUGGAUCCAGAGAUCAGGGUGGUCAAAGAGAAGGGUUUGAGAUGUGAAAAGGUUUAAUGAGAUGGGCCAUUUGUGUUCCAUCUGGAAUCCACUGAGACACAACUUGCACAUCAUUAGUCUAAAGAUGGACGCACUAUAGUGCGGUCUUGUGAGGGGACAUACAAAGCUGCUACUGAAGGCCCAUUCAGAUGUGCCUGCUCUAUAAAAGGGAUAUGGCCCUGGAUGUCAAUUUUCCCAGACUGCUCUCAAAGGUUCUUAUGUUGCCAACUUGACGCCCCCACGAGAGUAAAUACUGCUGAUGGCGGCAUCUCUGCUAGUAUGUCCUAAUAAUAUGUUUUUUGGUUCUGCUGUCUCUGUCUUCAGCCUGGUGUAUAUUUCCAUUUAGAAGAACAAUUUAUGUAGAAAAUAGGUACAUUUAUAUCACAAAUUCUUUCUUUUUUUCUAUAAAUUAUGCAUUUUAUAAUAAAUAAACUGUCAUAGUUUUUUAUAUGAUGAUAAUCUAGUUGUAUCAACACUUUUGUAAACAAACUAGGAUAAAAAAAAAAAGAGUGACCCAAUUUAGCAUAGGGAUUGCUUGAAAUCUAGUGCAAUGAAUUAUUAUCAUUAUUCCAAUCCCAGUCACCUGGGCAUGUGCACUUUGGCCUGAGGCUAUAAUAAAGAAUCUGGGGAUUCUUUCCAAUUUUUUUUUUUGCAUAUAGGAUAUUAGUACUAUUAUAUCUAACCUGUAUCCUUCUGGCCAAUUCCUACUCUCUUGAACCUAACCGUGGACCAAAUGUUGCUAUGAGUGUUGCCUGCCCUCCCUCACAUACCCGCUCAUGUUCCCAGUCAUCACGGAUCUGUGAUACUUGUGACCUUACUGUCGAGUGGGAAGACAAAGGCAUUGCAUUUGAACAAUGCGGGCAAUGGUUCCAUGGUAAAUGCCAAAGCAUCGACACAGUCUAUUACAAACAGCAUGGUGAAAAUUCUGGCAUGCUGUGGUACUGUACUGUCUGCAGAACCUCGAAUAGCCAGACUGUGUUUGACCUCCAUAGUGCAAGAACAGAAUCUACCUACCCAGAUUUCUCCCUAAAUCUUUCAUGCUCCACACCAAUGGACCUUCAAAGUUUUCAGCCACCACACUGCUCUACUCCUAUGCGCUGCAGUCAGCAAGAAAAAUGGAAACACAGACCAUUGCGCGUAUUGAAUGUGAACUUGCAGACUACAAGCGGGAAGAGAGUCAAGAUAGCCAACUUGAUCAACACCUUAAAACCUGACAUCAUACUGGGCACAGACAUGGCUGAAUCCCCCCAUAGCCAACGCAGAGGUUGUACCGGAUAAUUACAAAUUAAUUUGGUGAGAUGGACAAGACAGAGAAGGAGGAGUACUUGUUGCCAUCAAUGACAGCCUGGAUGUCACACUGUUCCAGAAUUAGAUGUUGAUGACCAUGAGCUCCUGUGGGUGAAGGUGAAGCUGAAGGGUAAAUACAUACUUUAUGUUUGUGCUUAUUACAGACCCAACACAGCAGCUGAACCAAGUUUGAAGAGGCUUGAGCUGUCACGUCAGAGAGCAGCACAGUAGAAAACGCUUUUCUCCUUAUAGGGGGAUGUCAACUUUCCUGGUAAGAACUGCCAGAUUCCUGCUCUGAAGCCAAAGAGCCGGGAUAUCAGACAACUGCAAUACCAUAUUGUGAAUUUCAGGUCAUCGCACUAAAAAAGAAGCAGGCUGUGCGAGACAUUCCCAUUUAUGCCCAGGCAGACGAAUAGCCUGAGAAGUGCAAUGAGUAAGUGCUCUAAUAUGCAGGAAAUUCAGGGUAAUGCAACAACAGAAGAGCUGUGGAUGAAAUUCAAGACAACAAUGCAGUGAAAAAAUACUAAAUCAACAGUUCCAUCGGUCUUUGGUGAUGGUAGAGAGUACUCAGAGGCUGAGUUCCUUCUGAAGACCAACCAUUAAUCCCUACAAGGCAUGUGGUCCUGACAGCAUCAAACCACGAGUGCUCAAAGAAUUGGCCAAUAAAAUCGCUUCCUCGCUGACAAUCCUCUUCCUAUCAUCACUAUGCACAGGCAAUGUUCCAACUGACUGGAUAACAGCGUAUGUCACUCCAAUCUACACAAAAAAAGGGGGAGCAUUAUGACUCUGCCAACUACCAUCCGGUAUGCUCAUCAGCCUAGUUUGCAAACUGCUGGAGCACAUAAUCUUAAGUGGGGUCAGGAAGCAUCUUGAAAGCCACAAUAUUCUCAAUGACUGUCAGCAUGGCUGCCGAGUCAAUAGAUCAUGUGAGACCCAACUCCUUGAAUUUGCAGAAGAAUUGACGACCAAUCUGGAGAAUAGAAAGCAAACUGAUGUGCUAGUGAUGGACUUCUCAAAGGCAUUUGACCAUGUCAAUCAUAGUUUGCUAUUAAACAUAAUGCAGAGAUAUGGGAUCCAAGGCACUACCAAAACAUGGAUCUUUAGCUUCCCCAGCGACCGAUGCCAGGCAGUAGUGGUAGAUGGCACAACCUCCUCCUUUGUCAGUGGUAAGUCAGGGGUCCCCCAAGGCUCGGUGCUAGGCACCUGUUUGUUCCUAGCAUAUAUAUAUUAGUGACCUGCCAGAGAAGCUGACCUCCCAAGCCAGACUGUUCGCAGACGACACAGCGGUCUUUAGGACGAUCGCCAACAGUUCUGACCAGGACCAGCUACAACAGGACCUCCAUCGGUUAGCCGAGCUGGGACAUGGAAUUUCAUCCCCAUCAAGUGCCAGGUGCUGUUAGUCUCCAAAAGCAGAUCCACUCUACACCACCCUUACGAAUUGCAUGGCCAUAUUCUUUAGCUAGUUUUCUCCGUUAGGUACCUCAGUGUUACCAUUCAAAAAGAGGUCUGCUAGGACGAGUACAUUAACAAUGUCUGCAACCGGGCAAAUAAGACCCUAGGGUUCCUAAGGCGAAAUCUGAAGAUCGGCAACUCAAGCGUGAAAGAAAAAAACCUAUAAAGGUCUGCUUUUAGAGUAUGCAUCUUCAAUCUGGGAACCAUUCACCCAGAAGAGCAUCAACAAGUUGGAGGCGGUCCAGACAUGGCAACACGCUUUGUCCUGAACCGCUACAGAAACACCUCAAGUGUUGACAGAAUGCUGGAAACCCGGGGCUGAUCACCAUUAGAGGAACGAUGACGACUAUCCAGGCUCUCCAUGAUUUACAAGACAAAAAAUGGACUGAUCUACUGCUCCAGCAUUAAACAUAAACUCAUCCCUCUUCCCCCCCCCCCCCCCCCCCCCCCCCUCGGACAGCGAUGAGGUCAUGACAGGCAGUUCCGACUCGUAAAAACAAGAACUCGGUACAGGAGGGAGCUCCUCAUUCAUGCUAAAGACAAAAAGGGACUGGAACAAGCUUCCAAUAGCAAUAGUUGAGGCGACUACACUUGACACAUAUGUGUAUAUUGUUUCUUGUCUUCCAAUCCUCAGUUCAUAAUACAAUUGCUGAGAAGCCCUUGCAACCAGUGAGGUAUCCCCUUAAAAACCAUACACAGUUACAUUGCAAACCCCCCUGAAACAUAGGAGCCAGAAUAAUCAAUAGGUUGAUCUUGGGCCCCUCAAAAUCUAGAAGAAAUUGAAAUGUAAGGUUCAAGUUCAAGUCUUGGCAUUCUGGGCUGUGAAAAAGAUAUGUUACUGUCUCUUUCAGAUUUUUUUCAAAGGUGAUUUUUUGGUGUUCUAAUGAAUUAUUAUAAUAUUCUGUACAUUUUGCAUUGAAAAUUGAAUCUGAGAAUAAAAUAUCUUCAGACAUGACAAUUGCUUUUUGUAUGGUGUUUUCGAUGGACACAAUGGCACUCGGGUAGCUGAUUUUGCUGCUCAGAGGAUGCCAGCUGAACUGCUGCUUGGUCAGCUGCAGCCGAAUUUUACAGAUGAAGAAGUCAAAGAAGCCCUUAGGCAGGUAAGAAGUUAAGAUCAUUCUUUGUUAGUCUAUUUUUCUUAAGAAAACAACAUUUGAGAUUGAAAUAUAUUGCAAAAUAUGUAAUUUCCCUGCAGACAUUUUAAAAUAGAUUAAAACAUUUUACAUUCUAAAUUUAUUUAAAAUUCUUCCUAAGAGCAGGCUUUUAUCGGAGUAGAAAAAGGUUACUUUGAAUCAAUGGAUGCAUUGCUAGCAGAGAGAACCACUUGUCAAGAUCGUUUGCCAGAAGUAAGUGCCAUGUUUUUACUGUUAUUUUAUAGCUUAACAGUUAAUUUCAGUUAUUUUCUGAACUAUUCGAAUUCCAUUAGUUUUAUUUGGCAGAGCAGCACACUCAUUGACCAUUGAUAUGUUACAAAAAAUAAUUAUAUAAAGGUAAAGAGUUAAUAAGUAGAAUAAUAAUAAAUAAGUUGAAUAAUGAUAAAAUGUAACAUAAAAAUUCAAUCGAGUUGAGGUGUAAUAUUGAUAGCAGACAUGGUCUAAAUAAAUUUAUGAUACGUAUUUACUUUUUCAUGAAAUUAAGAAGACAUCUUAUAAAAUUUUAGUCCUACUAGUCCUAGAGAGCUUCUCAAAAUAUGAAAUGGGUAUUUUAAACUGGGUGUAUUGCUUCUUACCGUAUAACAUUUUUGAAAUUUCUUAAAAUCUCAUUUUGAGAAAUGUUUAAUUUUUGUAAACUAUUUUUACAAUAUAUCAGGGAAUAAGCCAGUAUGAAGCUUUUCAGAAGUACCCCGACAUCAUCAACAAACUUGAGGAGCUGGAUAGAGAAAUUUCAGGAGGCACCACUGCUACUGUUGUUUUAAUAUACAAUAGCAAACUUUAUGUGGCAAAUGUUGGUGAGUUUAAAAGUUUUCCUCUUUAUUCCUAUCUCAAUCAUUUUUAAAAACAAUUUUAUAAAGGAUAUGAUUCUUAUAUUUUUAAUGAAGUAAUUUUUACAUAUCCUAGGAGAUACAAGGGCAUUUCUGUGUAAAACUGACCCUGAAGGGGUUUUACGAGUGAUUCAGUUGUCUUACGACCACACAAUUGCUGAUCUUGGGGAACAGACAAGGUUACAGCAAGUUGGGCUGGACAUAACAAAACUCAAACUAUGGCGGCGUGUGGGAAAUUCAGACUGUACUCGCUGUAUAGGAGACUAUCAUGUCAAGGGAGGUUAUAAAGAUAUUGAUGUACUUAGGUUGGUAUGACUGGCUUGUGAUUAUAAGUAACUUCUUACUUUUAUAUAUUACCACAUUUCGCUCGCCAGGUAUAAUGCGGACCCCAAAAUUUUUGUUUUAAAAAAAGCCCUGGAAUGCCAUGUUCAUAUAUAAUGCAAUCUAUUAAUCUUUUUCAUAAUAAAAACAAUACCAAUUAGCUAAAUAAAUGUUUAAAAUAAAAAUGUUAAAAUCCUUAAAAUUUUUAUAAUACAUGUAUUUAAAAUUAACUGUCAUAGUAAUACAACUAUGCUUAUAUCCCUUCAAAGGGGCACUACUUGUCUAAUGCGCAGAUACAAUGCGCGCUCUUUCGCCAAGUGCGAGUGGGCCAAGAAGAUUUGGUUGCAUUAGUAGGAAUCAGUAGAUAUUUUACCCUAAAUUUCUUGCACUAUACAUGGUAAUAUACGGUCAUAUAAAUUAAUUAGUUACUUAAAUAUACAACUGAUUUGUUAUAAAUUAUAUGGAGAUCCUAAGAGAGUAAUAAAAAUAAAGUUUAGAUCUGUGCAUUUAAUUUUAUUUUGUGGUGCAAAUUGUUAAUAAAACACAUCUUGGUUAACAUACUUAUUUUGGCCUUUUAUUCAAUAAAAUUUGUACUUAUUUUUAGACCAGCAAAAGUGGAGCCAGUAAUAGCAGAUCCAUACGUGGAUGGUGGACUCUUGAUUGAUACCACUUGUGCCUUUCUUGUCAUCAUGUCAGACGGCUUAUACCAAGCUUUGACAGAUGCCACUGCUACUGAAACUGUCAAUGGUGAUAUAGCAAAAAUGGUGGCUCAAGAGUUUGGCCAGCAGACAACGCUUACUGGUGUGGCUCAGGCUGUGGUAGACAGGGUUGUGCGCAUUCAUCAUGACACCUUUAUGACAGACAAUACAGAAAGGAAAGCUUUGUGUGAGAAACGGGAUGACAUCACUCUCUUGGUACGAAACUUCAACUAUCCUCUGUCAGUUCAGAGUCCCAGCUCCAACCGCUCCAUUCACUCACCAUCUCAGCCACCACAUCACAUCACUCACAUAACAGGUUUCCCAGCCAAUGUAUACAAUAGCCCUUCUCUAGAUUCUGGUAGGCAGAGGACCUCAGAUAGUUCAGCAACAGAUUCGCCCAAAACGCCAACAAAUUACUUGCUUACUGGACCCAACCUCCUUGAAACAGUUGAGACAAAUAGUACAGAAAGUCGUACCAAUUGCAGUAGCACAUACAGCACCAGCUCCAGUGGAGAGAUGCAACUCUUUUCCCGCCGUACUACUCAGAACACAGAUUUAGAACUGGAUGCUGAGGGCAAGGUCAGAAUUUUAUAUUUAUCAGAUCUGUUUACACUUGCAAUUUUGGCGUAAAAUGUACAAUUUUUAGAUAUCUUUUUAUAAUUAUAUGCCAAGACCUGUCAGAACUAUGAUUUUACAAGAUCAGGGUAAAAAAAUAUAUUCCUGUGGUUUUACGAUUAAAAAAAUAUAUAAAAAUAAAAUAAAUAAAAUGUUUUCGGUUGUCAGUUUGAGCUCCUUUCUACACCUGGAAUUCAUGGAAUGAGAAAUACGAUUGACUGGGGGCCAUCAAUAAUUAUAUUACAUACGCACUGAGAGGGGAAAGGGGUGGUGUUGACUUGGAAGUGUACAGGCGUACUUGGGAGGCUAUUUUCACAAAGAUAGUAAUAUUUAAUACAUUCGCCCUAGUGACAAAUUUAGUCAGCAUUCGCUUUUGUUUACUGAGGCACUGUAUGACAUAAUUUGUGACAUAAUUAUUUUGGCUGAGAGGCAGCAAAUGCGAAAAGGGAGAAAACUAAAACUACAGAUUAAAAAAAAAAAUCAUUCUCAGCUGCUCCACCCAACAGCAUUAGAUUAUGACAUAUUUUAUAAGAUCUAUGUAGUUGCAUUUUAAUCUUUUUUUUUUAGAAGUCACUAAGCAGCUGUACAAUUCUAAUACCCCAGUUUCUUUCCAGCACUUCUCUUCCUUUCUCCCAAUACAGCUUGCAGUAGUUAUUAAGACUACAGUAUGUUAAUGGAAAAUAAAAUUUGGCUUCUAGGCUUCAUGCAGGGGUAGGCAGCCUGCGGUCCGCUACGUUGAAUAUUGUGGCCUGCUGGAUGUAUCACAAAUGAUAUAUUUCUUCAUUCAAUUAGCAACUUAUUUUAUUUUUGACACAAACGGUCAUUUGAAAUAUAUAUAUAUAUAAAGCACUUUUUUUUUAUGGUGGUAUGCACCAUUUGGGGAUACUGCCCCUCUUUUUGAACUGAUUAAAAAAAAAAUUAGAUUCAAAUGAGUAAUAAGUUAUAAAAACAAUUUUACUAUUUAGUAACUAUAUAAUAAAAAGGAUUUAUAAGAACAAAGCUUUGUUAAGGGCACCUAAUUUGCCUCAAUCAUUAAGAUAAAGUGUAGAAUGAUACAAAACUAUAUUCAGGUAUGCGCAAAAGUGCAUCCCUGCAUUUUGAAUUGAUAUAAAUAAGUAUGGGAAGGGGGCUCAACCCACCCCCCAACCCCACCUUUGUUUGGGUGACUUCAGCAGGCAUCCUCAACUUCCGCUCCCCCACCACAUCUUCGUCUAUCAAAGAAGGAAAUGCUCGGUACUUUUUUUAUUUGCAAUAAUGCACUGUAUAUAAAUAUAUAAACGUCAGUCAUCUACUUUGAGAAGUGACCUUUAUUAGACUUGCAAUGCGAACAGUUAUGGAAUACAUUAUAAUGUAUAAUUUUUUUAUUUACUCUUUUACAAUAACGGUACUUUACAAUUUUUAGAAGGUUAAGUACUAUUUGGAGACUACAUUGUACUAUUUGAGAGUUCCAGUGUAACCAGGUCUAUUUUUAUUCAUUUUUGGGGUCAGUUUCAGAAUCUCCAUAGCUUAAAAAUUGGCCCCGACUAUGACUUAAGAUUGUUCAUAAAAUUUAAAUUUCAUUAAUAUAAUAUGUAUGUGUAGCUUUUUCUGAAAUAUAGUUUAAUAAUUUAUUAAGCAUUAUGAAUUGCAAGAAAAAUGCAAUCUAUACUUUUUUUGUUUUCUUAAGCUGUUUAACUCCAGCUUUAACAUAGGCUGCUUCCGAAAGACAAUUUAGAUGUUACAGAAACAAGGGAUAAUGAUUUUUUUCAAAUAUAAUUAUUCUGUUCUUUAUUGUGAUACAAUAAUUUUAAUUAUCUUGUUUGCCUAUUAUUUCUGUUAAAUAGAAAAUGUUAGAAGUAGUAAAAUAAAUAGAUCAGUAACAGUUAAUUAUAUGUUUAUUAAAUAAAUAGUAAAUGUUUCUUAAAUUAAAUAUCAAGACGAAAAAAAUAUGUAAGGUGAGUGAACAAACCCCCCCCCCCAUUUGGAUUACUAAAUUAUAUUAAAAUCCCACUAUUUAUUAUAACACUUGUUGCAAAGGAAUAAAAUAUUAACUAUUAAUUAUAUGUUUAUUAAAUAAAUAGUAAAUGUUUCUUAAAUUAAAUAUCAAGACGAAAAAAAUAUGUAAGGUGAGUGAACAAACCCCCCCCCCAUUUGGAUUACUAAAUUAUAUUAAAAUCCCACUAUUUAUUAUAACACUUGUUGCAAAGGAAUAAAAUAUUAACUGUGGCAUAUUGUAUUUUUUCCAGGUCAAGGCAUAUGUAGACUUUUCUGAAUGGUACACAGCCAUAGAGAAAUUAAGUGAAGACCAGAAAGAAAAUUUAUUCAAGGAGCUACUACCAAAGUCUGUUUAUGACCCCAUACAAGAAGAAACAUUGGGAGAUAUGUAAAAUCAAAUUUCAGUCUACAAUAGUUUAUUAUUGUUCUGUAUGUUCAUUAAAUAAAUCGCUGUAAUUUUUUAAAAUACAAACUAGUUUAUUUAAUCUUUGUUUUAUUAUUUCCUUUGUUUAAUCAAGAAAGUGAAGUAAAUAGUAAAAUAUAACCUGACAUAUAACAUGUAGCAUUUUCUUGACAAAAUUAAUUAUUGUUUGGAAUGAU